AAGCUCCCGCGGCCCGGCCCGGCCCGGCCCGCCCCGCCCCUGCUGGUGGGCCACGGCCGGCACGCGGCGCGGGGCGGGGCCGCCGCAGGCUAUUUAAUCCACGGUGGAGUCGCUGCUUCUUCCCAAGGGAAGCCGGUUCGGUGUGGGAGUGCAACAGCAUUCUGGUCAGAAGAUGUCUGCUCUUGACACCCUCUUUAAAUACAUUGAUGAACACCAAGACCUCUAUGUUAAGCGACUGGCAGAGUGGGUAGCAAUCCAGAGUGUGUCAGCAUGGCCAGAGAAGAGGGCUGAAAUCAGGCACAUGAUGGAGGUUGCUGCAAAGGAUAUUGAGCGACUGGGUGGCACAGCCCAACUUAUGGAUAUUGGGAAGCAAAAGCUGCCUGAUGGAUCAGAGAUACCUCUACCUCCAAUUAUUCUGGGAAAGCUUGGCUCAGAUCCACACAAAAAGACAGUAUGUGUAUAUGGCCACCUGGAUGUUCAGCCGGCAGCACUGGAGGAUGGCUGGGACAGUGAGCCCUUCACACUGGUAGAAAGAGAUGGAAAGCUGUAUGGGAGAGGAUCAACAGAUGACAAAGGUCCAGUGCUUGCCUGGCUGAAUGCCUUGGAGGCUUAUCAACAAACUAAUCAGGAAUUUCCAGUAAAUGUUAAGUUCUGCCUAGAGGGUAUGGAGGAAUCGGGAUCAGAAGGCCUUGAUGAACUGAUCUUUGCUCAGCGCGAUGCUUUCUUCAAAGAUGUGGAUUAUAUUUGCAUUUCUGACAACUACUGGCUAGGCAAGAAUAAGCCUUGUAUCACCUAUGGCUUGAGGGGUAUUUGCUACUACUUUAUAGAGGUAGAAUGCAGUGACAAAGACCUUCACUCUGGAGUUUAUGGUGGUUCGGUGCACGAGGCCAUGACGGAUCUCAUUGCUCUAAUGGGCUCCCUCAUAGACAAGAAAGGGAAAAUCCUCAUCCCAGGUAUUAAUGAAGCAGUGGCAUCUGUUACUGAUGAGGAGCUGGCAAUAUAUGAGAAGAUUGAUUUUGACCUGAAAGAAUAUGCAAAAGAUGUAGGAGCAACAAAACUAUUGCAUGAUACAAAGAGAGAUAUCCUUAUGCAUAGAUGGAGAUAUCCUUCUUUGUCUCUCCAUGGAAUUGAAGGAGCCUUCUCAGCCUCUGGAGCCAAGACUGUGAUUCCUAGGAAAGUGAUUGGCAAGUUCUCAAUCAGACUUGUGCCAAACAUGACUCCUGAAGAAGUUACAAAGCAUGUUGAGGACUACCUGAGCAAAAAGUUUGCAGAGCUGCAGAGCCCUAACAAAUUCAAAGUAUACUUAGGCCAUGGUGGAAAACCCUGGGUGUCAGACUUCGACCAUCCCCACUACAUGGCUGGCAGGAGGGCCAUGAAGACAGUUUUUGGAGUUGAACCAGACCUGACGAGGGAGGGAGGAAGCAUUCCUGUUACCCUCACUUUUCAAGAAGCAACAGGCAAGAAUGUCAUGCUGCUUCCUGUUGGAGCUGCAGAUGAUGGUGCCCACUCUCAAAAUGAGAAACUAAAUAGGUACAACUACAUUCAGGGAGUGAAGAUGCUUGGUGCAUACCUGUAUGAAGUUUCACAACUGAAGGACUGAGAGACCUUACCUUCUGGCUUAUGAUUCAGAAGUCUGACUUUUCUUCGGAAAUACUGUCUGAUUCCUACGUGGCUCCCCUUUUCCACCAACACUCCACUACUUUGGAGAAGAGGGAAGCGUGCCCUUCUACUUGAGAAACAUUGUAAACCAAAAAUAAUUCUUCAAAUGACAGACUACUUCCUAUCUGUCCAGUAGUUCUGAAAGGCAUCUUUCUCCUCUGUAUCACUUCAAAGUUCUGGUUUGCUGUACUCAUCUACUUUUCCCUGUAAAGCAGGAGGAACUGGGUGCUCUCAGCUGUUUCAGCAGCCACAUUAGCUGCAGAACUGUUGGCCAGGUUUAAGGUACUUUCUCCAAUAUAUGUUCUGGAAGUAGUCACAGUGACAGAUUAGGGGACAAUACUGGAGUGUGUUCAAGCUGUAGUGUGGCAUCUGUCUUCCUAAGGGAUUUGGAAGAGCAGUUUAUCUUACAGUUUAUACCUGCCUGCAGGUUUCAAUUUACGGUGCAUUAGGUUGUAACAGAAAUUCACUGUGAUACUGACUACUGGUCAUCUUUGUAAAGCUGCCUUUGUACUCCCUAAAAAGGACAAUAAAUAAUCAUGCUCUAGCA